AGCUGGAAAGGGAUACCAAUAAACAUGGAUAGAUAAGAAAGGCACUUAAAGACAGAUGUAACAAGGUCACACACAAAGGUAUAAGAAACAGCACUUACAGACAUAAAAGGAUGCAAAGGACACUUGCAGAUGGAUAGGUGAGGGGCGCAGGCAGGUAGGAAUGGACUCCGGUGACUCCUUAGUACUGUAAAAGGGCCUGAGCCAUAGCCAGCCCCUUUACCCCACUGAGCUGAGGAGAAGAGAUUAACUCCAAGUACCGUCCCUGGCUGGCAGGACCUUGCCCAUCUUUCUGUCUCACUGGUCGCUGCAGAGGGAGGACAGGCCCCAGGCUCCAGGGUUAAGUGUACUCUGGCUGUGCACCCUGGUCAUGGCAAGAGACAGCGCUUCUUCCCUCUCACGUCACAUUUAUUUCAGUUCUCAGAUGCAUAGUAUUAGGCCUGUGGCCUCGCUUCUUUCUGGCUUGCAGCCCAAUUUCGUGCAGGUCCCUCGGGCCCUUGCUCUUUUUGGGGUGUUUUAUUCUAAUUCCCAGUCCCAGCCUACUCUGGAGCUUCAGUUCAUUUACAGAUCACUUUCCCUUUAAGCUAUUUCUCCUGAUCCGCCACCUUCCCAGAUGCCCUCUCACUCCCAACAUCACUUGCAGUUUCUAAGAGCACCACAUCUCCCAGAAACCUUAGCGGCCAAGGAGCUACCCUAGGAAACUUCAAGUACCGAAAUGCUCUCCUACCCGUCUGCGUGACCGAUGGGGCUUGUAGUCUCCUUGGAAUUGCCAGGCGAGCAAAAAAACUACUCAUCCCAGGAGCCCCUGCGUCAGAGGCGGGUUUCCCUCCUGUCUUUCUGCGCUCCCCUUAAUCCUUCCUCGAACUCCAACUCCCGCCGUGCCUUGCGCUGAGAUCCCUGCGGCGAAGAAUGGGGCUGUGCCCAAAGUCUUCUCUGGGAGUUGUAGUUUCUAUGUUGGUGAGGCGAGGAGGAGGCGGAGUGACUCGGCGGCCAUUAGCUGUGUGUAGUUGCCCGGGACUGGGAGCUUAAGUGAAGAGGGAAGCUUUAUUCGGUGGAAAUCAACCGCAGCAAUGGGUUUCUGCCAGGGUUAGCCCUAGAGUACGGAACAGGCGGACUUUUCGGUGCCCCGCCCCGCCCAGUGGCGGGGCCUACUAGGCCUCCGGGCAUCCCCGGUCUCAAGUAGGCCUCGUCUGCCGGCAAGGGCGCUCCAAAGGCGGGAGGCGCCAUGUCGCUGGUUGCUUACGCCAGCAGCGAUGAGAGUGAGCCGGAUGAGGCUGAGCCCGAGCCAGAGGAAGAGAAGGCGGCGGCACCUACAUCUGGGCCCACUUUAGGAGGCUUGUUCGCUUCUCUCCCUGCGCCCAAGGGUCCGGCCUUGCUGCCUCCGCCCCCUCAGAUGCUGGCCCCAGCUUUUCCCCCGCCGCUGUUGCUGCCCCCACCCACCGGAGACCCCAGGCUUCAGCCUCCUCCCCCCUUGCCCUUCGGCCUGGGAGGCUUCCCCCCACCUCCGGGCGCGAGCCCAGCUGAAGCGGCGGGAGUUGGGGAGGGGCUGGGAUUGGGGCUGCCCUCGCCCCGAGGCCCUGGCCUCAGUCUGCCCCCUCCAAUUGGCGGUGCCGGGCCCCCCCUGGGGCUUCCCAAGCCAAAGAAGAGGAAAGAGCCCGUGAAGAUUGCGGCGCCGGAGCUGCAUAAGGGAGAUUCAGAUUCUGAGGAAGAUGAACCCACAAAGAAGAAAACUGUCCUUCAGGGAUCCGGUGAGGGGACUGGUCUGUCUGCCUUGCUUCCCCAACCUAAAAACCUGACUGUGAAAGAGACUAAUAGGUUGCUCCUGCCCCAUGCCUUUUCCCGCAAACCCUCGGAUGGCUCCUCUGAUACUAAGCCCUCCAGACUGGCUUCUAAGACCAAGACUUCUCUUGCCCCUGUUGUGGGCACCACAACCACAACUCCGUCACCCUCUGCCAUCAAGGCUGCUGCCAAGAGUGCUGCUCUGCAGGUGACAAAGCAAAUCACACAAGAGGAGGAUGACAGUGAUGAGGAAGUAGCCCCUGAGAACUUUUUUUCCCUCCCUGAAAAGGCUGAGCCACCUGGAGUUGAGCCAUACCCUUACCCCAUCCCCACUGUCCCUGAAGAGCUGCCUCCAGGCACAGAACCAGAGCCGGCUUUCCAGGACGAUGCAGCCAAUGCCCCCCUUGAGUUCAAGAUGGCAGCAGGCUCAAGUGGGGCCCCUUGGAUGCCUAAGCCUGGGGACGACUACAGCUACAAUCAGUUUUCCACAUAUGGCGAUGCCAAUGCUGGUGCUUAUUAUCAGGAUUAUUACAGUGGUGGCUACUAUCCUGCACAGGAUCCGGCCUUGGUCCCCCCCCAGGAAAUUGCCCCAGAUGCCUCCUUCAUUGAUGACGAAGCAUUUAAGCGGCUACAGGGCAAGAGAAACCGAGGGAGGGAGGAAAUCAACUUUGUGGAGAUCAAAGGUGAUGACCAGCUCAGUGGGGCCCAGCAGUGGAUGACGAAGUCAUUGACAGAAGAGAAAACCAUGAAGUCAUUCAGCAAAAAGAAAGGUGAGCAGCCUACAGGCCAGCAGCGGAGGAAACACCAGAUCACAUAUCUGAUUCAUCAGGCUAAGGAGCGGGAACUGGAACUGAAGAACACCUGGUCAGAAAACAAGCUCAGCCGCCGGCAGACCCAAGCCAAGUAUGGAUUCUAGGGCUCUGGAACCGAUUGCUCCCACGAUCUCCUGCCAGCCCAGCUGGCUUGGCCCCCAGCUUCACCUCUGGGACCCCAGCUGCUCUAAGCCCAGGAUCUCUUUCCCUGAGGACCCAGCCCUCGCCUCUGCGAGAAAAUGAACACAUUUGAUAGAUUUUUCUUAACAGAAGUUAGAAAAUUCAGCUCCUUUCUGUCUUGGAGCCAGCAAAGACUCGAGUGAUGCCUCAGAAGGGGCUCUGAGUUCUUGGAUGGGAGUUUUGCUCCCUGUCGGAUGUGAUGAAGUGUUGACCACCCCCUUCCCCUUUUUUUUUAAACCAGGGAUGUCUGUUGAAAUAAAACAUUCAGUCUGACAGAC